AUGCCUGCCAUCCACACUUCUCUGCUCGCUCGCGCAGAGCGGAAGAACUGGGCCUAUCGCAAUCCCGGUGUCACACUUGUCUUUGCCAUCGUCGGCGUUGUUGGCAUUGGCCUGAUUUCUCUGUGGGUUUACAAGAUCAUGCAGAAGCGCAAGUCCAAGAAGUCCGGGUACUAG